AUGGAUCCAGAAGAGCAGGAGUUACUUGGUGAUUACAGAUACAGAAAUUAUUCUUCAGCAAUUGAGAAAGCUUUGAGAAACUUUGAGUCAUCAAGUGAAUGGGCGGAUCUUAUUUCUUCCCUUGGCAAACUCAAUAAGGCUCUUCAGAGUAACCUGAAGUAUUCUCUGUUGCCAAGACGGCUGAUCAUCAGUAAAAGAUUAUCUCAGUGUUUGCAUCCAGCACUACCUAGUGGAGUGCAUUUAAAGGCACUAGAAACCUAUGAAAUAAUCUUUAAAAUUAUUGGGACAAAAUGGCUUGCCAAGGAUUUAUUCUUGUACAGCUCUGGUUUGUUUCCUCUGCUGGCAAAUGCAGCAAUGUCAGUGAGGCCUGUUCUCCUUGGUUUGUACGAGAAAUACUUUCUUCCUCUUCAAAAGUCCCUCCUACCUGGUCUUCAAGCCUUUGUAAUUGGAUUACUGCCUGGAUUGGAAGAAGGAUCAGAAAUUUAUGACAGAACAGAUGCUCUGUUUGUGAAACUGUCCUUAUUGAUGGGCCAAGAAGUGUUUUACGGAGCACUCUGGGGCAGUGUCCUGGUCAGCCCAUCCAUCAGGCUGCCUGCUUCUCUGUUUGUUGUCAGCCACAUCAACAGAGAGCUAUCUGGAAAACAGCAGAAGUACAUGCUUGGCACGGAUUAUAAACUCACAAUGAAGUCUUUGUGUGUAUCAGUAUUGGAUUCAAACGUCCUUGUGCAAAGAAACACUCUAGAAGUGAUUCUCUUCUUCUUCCCAUUUUAUACAGCUUUGGACUGCAAUGAGAGCACUAUUCCGUUGCGCAGGACUGAUUUAGUCUGUGUUCUGUCAGCAGCUACACAGACAUUGUUGAGGAGAGACAUGUCACUCAAUAGAAGAUUAUACGCAUGGUUGCUAGGCUCUGAUAUGAAAGGUGGUACUUUUGCUCCAGACUCAACAACGUCUGAAGACCAUGCUAUUUAUUUUUUUGGAAAAUAUUCUAAAGAUCUUUUAGUUGAGAGUUUGACUGAAAUUUUACAUCAGAAAUUUCCAGAGUCUGAUACAGAGGAACAGCAUCAAGCUUAUUUGAAACCCUUCCGCAUCCUAAUCAGUCUCCUUGACAAACCUGAAAUAGGGCCACAGGUAGUUGGGGAUCUGUUCCUUGAAGUUAUUAGAGCCUUUUAUUCAUACUGCAAAGAUGCACUUGGCUGUGAUCUCAAACUCGGCUACAAUCAAAGUGGCAACAUACUUGCAAGUGCAAUCAAAGAGAACAAAAAUGCUUCGGAAAUUGUCAAAACAGUCAAUUUGCUGAUCACAUCCUUAAGCACAGAUUUUCUUUGGGAUUACAUGACCAGAUGUUUUGAAGAUUGUUUCAGAAGUAAAUCCACACAGAUGAGAUAUCCUCUUGAAAAUAUUAGCACUCCUCCUACAAUUUCAGAGCUCUGCACACUCUUGGUGUUUCUUCUUGACGUGAUUCCUUUGGAACUCUACUCUGAAGUGCAGACUCAGUAUCUUCCACAGAUGCUCAGUUAUAUGGUGCAGUCUCUCCAGGAAAAUAUGGAAGUAUUAGGUUUACCAGAACUCACUCAUGCCUUAAAGACCUGUUUUAAGGUGCUUAGCAAAGUGCAAAUGCCACCUUCCUAUUUGGACACUGAGACAGGAAGUGGAAAUGGGAGCCCAGUGAAAAAGGAAAAUGUGGACAUAACCUUGGGGACUAAGUCUGUGCUGCAGGAAGAGGAUGAGACUGCAUUCCCUCCCCUGAAGUCAGAAGACAGUGGCAUUGGUCUCAGUGCUUCCUCCCCUGAGCUCUCUGAGCACUUGGAAGUGCCAGCUGUGACCCUUGAGAGAGAUGAUGUCUGGAAGAAAGGGGGGAGCAUUCAGAAGACUUUGAAUUGCAUGCAAGAUCUGGUUUCCAAGUUUUCCAGUAAAUACAUUUUUGGGGUGCAAUUUCAAGAAACAAGUAACGAAAGUAUCUCAGCAGUGAAUCUGAGCGGAAGAGAGAAAAAAGAGAAUGGCUACAGAUUACCUGAAAGUGCUAGCAAGAAAAAGAGCCCAUGGGAUGCAAAGCAAAUCACUGUACCUCAAUUUAAACAAAUGCUUUCAGACUUGUUCUCAGUUCGAGGGUCACCAUUCAAGAACAGGAGUUCUAAUCCUCUUCCUUCUGACCACAGCUCUGAUAGUAAAAAGGGAAAGGAGGAGGAAGAGUGGGACUUUGAACAAGUGAUGCUUGUCUUGGGACCCCUUAGAGGUGACUGCAGGGAAGCUUUUGCUGCGGCUUGUCACCUUUUGUUGGAUUGUACCACAUUCCCAGUCUAUCUUUCGGAGGAGGAGAUGGAACAGUUGUAUCUCUCUCUAUUUCAGGUUCCGGGUUGUGAUGCCAGCUUCCCCCUGUGGCUGAAGUCCUUAAUGACAAUAUGCUGUUGUGUGAAUGACUGCUAUGUUCAGAACGUGUCCAUCUUCACACUGCUGGAGGUGAUCAACCAUUCCCAGUCACUGGCACUUGUGAUAGAAGACAGAAUUAAGCGGUACAAAGCGUCCGGCCACAACCCCUUCUUCGGAAAGCUACAGAUGGUCACCCUUCCUCCCAUUGCUCCUGGAGUUCUAAAGAUCAUCUCAGAAAAAACAGAUUUCUACCAGAGAGUAGCUUGUGUCCUCUGGAAUCAGCUGAACAAAGAGACACGGGAGCAUCAUAUUGCCUGUGUGGAACUGUUCUACAGGCUGCACUGCUUGGCACCAUCAGCAAAUAUCUGCGAAGACAUUAUCUGCCAUGCACUUUUGGAUCAUGAUAAAGGGACAAGGCUGGAAGCACUGUUCAGAUUCUCUGUCAUGUGGCAUCUGACCAGAGAGAUCCAGGGCAGCAGAGUGACUUCUCACAAUCGGUCCUUUGAUAGGUCUCUGUUUGUGGUACUGGACAGUCUCAAUUGUUCAGAUGGUGCAAUUGGUGCUGCAGCACAGGGCUGGCUGAUCCGUGCUCUUUCACUUAAUGAUGUUGCACGGAUUCUUGAACCAGUCCUGCUGCUGCUGCUUCAUCCAAAGACACAGCGCACGUCCAUCCACUACAUCAAACAGAAAAAUUCAGCAGAUGGUAUACAUGAUUGGCUUUGCAAGAAAAAGGCCUCUUUCAAAGAGUCUGGCAUCUCCGAGAGCAAUUCUGAGGAAAACCUUCCAUUGAGCCAGUUUACUACUGUGGAUAGAGAAGCAAUUUGGGCAGAAGUGGAAAGAGAUCCAGAGAAGUUGGAGUUAAAAACUGAACAGUCUGAAAAUGAUGGCUCUUGUAAUGCAGUAACUUCACAUGGAGCAGAUGGUGACGAAGAUAAUAGUGAGCACACAGAAUCAGCAGACACCAGCACAGGCCACGACAGUGAAAAUACAUCCUCUUUUUCUCCUUCUCUGGAGCUGCAAGAAGUGAGCAAUGAGGACAAUGACAGUGCUGCAACUGAUGGCAGAGAGACCACAAACCGUGUGAGUUGUCUCAACGCCUUCCUUCCUGAAAGCUCCAAAUCCAGUGUAGCACUAAACCUUGUGCGUGCUGACUCUGAGAGGACUCAAGCAUCAGAGUCUCUGUCAAGUGAUGAAGAGGUGGACCUGGAACUCCAGGAAAUUACCCAUUCUAGAUUGCUCAAGCAGCAGAAGGAAAAGCAGGAAAUGAUUGAGGCUCUAUUCAAACACAUGCUGUUGUAUCUGCAGCCUUAUGAUUCUAAGAGAGUACUGUAUGCUUUUUCUGUUCUGGAGGCAGUGCUUAAAACAAACCCUAAAGAAUUUAUUGAAGCUGUAGCUAGUACAAGCAUGGACACCAGCUCCACAGCACAUUUGAAUCUUAUUUACAAUCUCUUAGCUCGCCAUCAGGAAGCUCUUGUGGGGCAGAGUUUUUAUGGCAAGCUGCAGGCUCAGUCCCCAACCAUGUGUCCCCAUUCUCUUCUAAUAGAACUGCUCACUUACCUCUGCCUCAGUUUCCUGCGCUCGUACUACCCGUGCUACUUGAAGGUCACGCACAGAGAUGUGCUUGGCAACAGAGACGUUCAGGUAAAAAGUGUGGAAGUUCUGAUCAGAAUGAUGAGCCAGCUAGCUACCAUGGCAAAGGCAGCAGAGAAUAAGAACGUAGAGUUCAUACGCAAUUUGCUGGGAAGAUGCAAAAUUCAGGAGUUUGUUCUUCUUUCUUUGUCUGCAUCUAUGUAUACAAGUCAGAAACGCUAUGAACUGCUUAUGGCAGAUGGAGUCAGUGCUGUUCAUGAAGAAGAACUUUUUGAAGAGAGCCUGAUCAAUUUUGGACAUGAUCAAAUAUGGAGCGAACACCCACUCCAGAUUGAGUUGCUGAAGCUCUUGCAGAUAUUGAUUGUCUUGGAGCACCAUCUUAGACAGACUCAUGAGGAGCAGGAGAAUCAGCCAGACCUCUCUAAGGAAUGGCAGCAAGCUCUUAAUUUCCAGCAGGCUAUUGGUGCCAUGCAGUAUGUCUAUCCACACCCAAUAACUUCACAGGGAUUAUUUGUCUCUGCUGUGGUUAGAGGUUUGCAACCAGAGUAUGGCUAUGGGAUGCAUCCUGCUUGGGUAGGCUUAGUCACAAGUUCUCUGCCCUAUUUUGGGAAGUCUUUAGGCUGGACUGUGGCACCGUUUGUUGUACAGAUAUGUAAAAACCUGGAUGAGCUUGUCAAACAGUAUGAAAAUGAAGCUGUGAAGACAUCAGCAAAAGCACCAGCAAGCUCAACUUCUAAAAGAGAAAAUGUUACACCCGAUUACCCACUAACCCUUUUGGAAGGUCUGACAACCAUUGGUCACUUCUGCCUUCUGGAUCACCCUAAUCAAACUAAAAAGUCACCAUGUUUGGCUGAACCUUCAAAUCUCAGAAAUGCCAGGAAUGCUAUUUUGGAAGAAUUGCCACGCAUUAUUAAUACCAUAUCCCUUCUUUGGAGCGUGAUAAAGAGGGAAGACUCUCAAAAAAGACCAACUGACUUUUUUGGAACAACUAAAGGCUCUUCUUCGGUCUACUUUAAAACAACCAAAACAUUAAGAACUAAAAUACUGGACUUCAUGAAUCCACUGACAGCACAACUUGGAAUGCAGUUGAUGACAGCAAUUGCAGCAGUGUGGAAUAGCAAGAAGCCUCAUCAAAGUAAAAUCAAGAUUCUUCCAGUGGCUAGUGCAUCUCAGCUUAAUCUUGUGGACUUAAUAUGUGCACUUAACACGUUGAAAAUUGACACGAUAUUACAUCUAAUCAAAGAGGUAGUCAAGAAACCAUCACAAAUCAAGGGUGAAGAGAAAUCUUCUCUUGUAGAUAUUCCAAUGCUGCAGUUCAGCUAUGCUUUCAUUCAAAGGCUGCCUGUCUCAGCCUUGCAGGAGAACUUCCAGUCCUUAUUAGGACUUCUCAAAGAGUCUGUGCAGUUGAACUUGGCACCUCCUGGACACUUUAUUCUUCUCAGCACUCUGAAUGACUUUGUGACUAGGACACCUACUCUAGAAAACAAAAAAGACCAAAAAGACUUGCAGGAGGUGACCCAAAAAAUCUUGGAGGCUGUAGGGACGGUUGCUGGUUCUUCUCUGGAACAGACUAGUUGGCUUAGCCGGAACUUAGAAGUGAAAGCUCAGCCUCAGAUUUUACCAGAUGACUUCAACAUUGAAGAUGUGAAUGAUACAUCAGUGGCACCGUCUUCAAUGGUUUCUGCCUCUGCUCCUUCAAUAUACAGUGUCCAAGCUCUUUCUCUUCUUGCAGAAGUUCUUGCUUCUCUUUUGGACAUGGUUUACCGGAGCGACGAGAAGGAGAAAGCUGUGCCAUUGAUUUCACGUUUGCUUUAUUAUGUAUUUCCUUAUCUACGCAACCACAGUGCCUACAACAUUCCUAGUUUUCGUGCUGGUGCUCAGUUACUCAGCUCAUUGAGUGGAUAUGCCUAUACCAAGCGAGCCUGGAAAAAAGAAGUUCUUGAGUUGUAUAUGGAUCCAGCUUUUUUCCAGAUGGACACUUCGUGCACUCAUUGGAGAUCCAUUAUUGAUCAUCUUCUGACACAUGAGAAAACUAUGUUUAAAGAUUUGAUGAAUAUGCAGAGCAGCGCCUUAAAACUGUACCCAAGUUCUGAGCAAAAAGCAAUGUUGCUAAAGCGCCAAGCUUUUGCUGUCUUUAGUGGUGAGAUUGAUCAGUAUCAUCUCUAUCUUCCCUUAAUACAAGAACGACUGACUGAGAACCUCCGUGUUGGGCAAACUUCCAUAGUUGCUGCACAGAUGUUUCUCUUCUUCAGAGUUCUUUUGUUAAGGAUUUCUCCUCAGCAUCUAACCUCAUUGUGGCCAAUUAUGGUAACUGAAUUGAUUCAGACAUUUCUACAGCUGGAAGAAGAUUUAACUGAGGAAGAUGAACCAUCAAAGAACAAUAGCAAAAUAAGCAAACAGAAAGUCUCUGGUGAUGGCAGUGGAUCUGAAAUACAGCUGAAUGAGCUGUCCUUGUACUUAUCAGCUUGUAAGUUUUUGGACACAGCACUUUCAUUUCCACCUGACAAGAUGCAGUUGUUUCAAAUGUACAAAUGGGCAUUUGUCCCAGAAGUGGACAUCGAGUCAUCUACUGUGACCUCUUAUCUGGUAGAAAAUCAUCAGGAAUGCAGGCCACACAUUUUAAGAAUCCUGGAUCUGCUGAAGAUGAAAUAUGGGGAAACAAAAAACACUGAGGGAAUUUCCAAGAAGGACAAAUGUCCUCUUUUGCAGUACCACUCUAUAUCCAGCAUCACCCAGCUUAUGCCCUUCUUCAAGACUCUGUGUUGUGCAUUUACAGCAAACAGGAGUGAGUCCCAGAAGUCACUUCCUUCUGCAUCUCUCUCUGUGGACUAUGUUGGCAGUAAUGGCACAAAGAUCUUACAGCAGCUUGAAGAGAGUGUUGAACGUGACUUCCUGGAAAACAUGGAAAGUUAA